AUGAGCAAUUAAAAAGAAACCAAAGAUUCUCAGAAAAAAGAUGAAUAGGAAAGCGAUUAAAUCCCAAGAGAUAAGAAAAAGGGAUUCAACUAGUUCACACUUAAAUUUUAUAAUUAAAAGUUAGAAAACUAAUUUGUUUAAAAAAAUACCAAGCUCAGGUAAUCAUAGUAUCUAUGGCUAUAGCUGCAUGUUGUGAUAUCAAGCAUAGUUUUACUUUGCGUUGAUUUCUCGUAUUUACCUCUUAUAAACAUCUUUCUUUCUUUGAUCGUAAUGGCACUAUUGUAUUAUCUACCAAACCAAUAUGUCAAAAUUUUAUGUAUUAUUAUUGUUGUCUAUGCAAGUAUUUCUCUAUCGAUGCUUAGUGAAAGUACAGAUAAUAAGCACCGUAUAUUCCUAAAUGGAUAGUAAAUGGGAUUAUUCUAUAUCCUUAGCUAUGAGUCUUUUGUUACAGAAACUCUAGGUAUAAUAAUAGGAUAGAUUAUUUCUAUAUAUUUCUUAUAAUCCUAUGAUAGGUAUGUUCUCAAUUUCUUGUCUCUAGGAUGUGUUUAUAUCAUCUAUAGAUACAUCCACUCUCGAGGUUUAAGAUCUCUUUUUAUAUUUAAGCAAAAAUAAAAAUAAAUUGGGACUGUUAUUCAUAAAGUAAUGCCCAUUGCUUUAUUCGUUACUUCAUUUGAUUUUAUUACUCAUCAAAUUUCAGUCUAAGAUAUGAAUGUAGCUGGAAGAAAUAUGCUAAAGACGUUUGGCCCAAAAAUAAAUGAGUUAAAAGAAAUUUUUCAGCAAUUUAAAAUAAAGUAGUAAAUAUCCUCUUUUGCUAACUCAAAUUAUUCGAGAAAAGACAAUAGCUUUAAAGGAAGACCAAGAACUGUAUCAUGUGACUUAUUUUAGUUUCUUUUGUAGAAGUUUGUUUACAUCCACAAGUAUAACAACUUCUUCUAAAAAAAAACUUACAUCUUUAAAGAGGAUUAAGAAGAUAUUUUAAACGAUUGCAAUUAAGAGGAAUAAAAGUAAUUCGAAAAAGAUUUUGUUAAAUAAGAUACCCAAAAGAUGACACAAUUAGAUUAGUAAAAUAUUUUCAGAGAUGAUUUAACUAAAUCAGAAUAAUUGAAUUGCUAUGUGAUCUAAGAUUAAAGUAACGAGACUAGAUAUUACUCUGUAAAGAUAAUUCCAACCUUCAUAGAAUAACCUUCUAUCUUAUUAUUAAUUGAAGACCUUAAAAUGAGGAAAUAAAAUAAAUAUUUUGAAAAGCAGUAAACAAAGCAAUCAUAAAUUCAUAAUUUUUUUUUCAGCGAUAUUCAAUAAAAAAUUUAGAAACAAAUGUCAUACAUCAUUAAAAAUAAUUUAUAGUGGUCAAAAAAGAUGUGUAUCAUAAUAAGAAAUUAAUUACUUUCAUACUACCAAUCAAUAAAUUAAUCUUUUAAGCUACUCGCUAAAGCUGAAAAUUUUAAAUUAUCUUAAAUAUAGAAGUACAUUCAAGAGUAUUUUCCGAAUGUUGAGGUAACAUUUGAAAAUGAAUAAUUAAAAGAAGAGGAAAUUGUUUAAGAUUUUCAUCUCGUUUCAUACGUUCUAACUUGUUUCUUUACUUCAGCUGAGAUAUACAAUAAUAGCCUCAAAAAGAAUUUGAAUAGCACCUAAAACAAUAACAGCCAACAAGAAUAAAUGGAUUUUACUAAUAUUUUCUCAAUGCAAUAAUUCAAUUAAAAUAUGAUAGCAUCAAUAAAUCCAUAAUCAGAAGCUAAUAAUUCUCCUAGGCCUAGGCUAAACAGCUUUUAUGAAAAUAUUGUUACUUUACCUAAUAUUGUGAGCAGUAAUACAGCUUUAAAUCUUGCAAAUAGUGCUAAUAACUUAAAUUUUAAUAGUCAGGCCCAAAUAAAUAACGCGAUUAUUAUGAAUACUCAGAGUAAUAAUCCUAAUAAUUAAUUUUCUACAAAUAUAAACAUUCCUUUAAAUACAAAUAACUAGUUUUAAGGAAAUGCAAACAAUUCAUACUACCCAAAUAGUGAAAAAUACAUAAACUUAAACACAAAUAAAAAUAUAAACCCUAAUAGUAAUAGUGUAAUUAACUAUGAUAAUUCUCCAAACAGCAACAUAUAUAUAUCUAAAAAUAACAAUUAAAGUAAUUAUAAAAAAUAAGAAAAUCAAGAUAAAAUAAACAUUAUAGUUAACUAAAAUUAAAAAAGUGCAUUUAGUAACUAAAUGCAAUCAAAUGAAGAUAACUGUUUGACAAUUAAUAAUAAAUGCGAAAUAUCUGCAAUCGAAAUUCAAUAAGAUCUUAAAGAUAUGAAAGAUUCUAACGAUGACAUAUAAAAAAUAAUUAAAUGUCAUAUUGUCAAAAAAAAGUAAAAAUUGUAUGAAUCAAUUGUAUUUUGUUUUGAAAACUAUACAAAAGAAAAUAAUUAUAACCUUAAUUAUACAGAUAACUAAAUAAUCAAUAAAUGGAUUUACCAAUAAAUCAAUAAAAUUAUAAAAUAUAUAGGACCAUGUUAAAUAGAUUAAAAAUAAAAUUCUUUAUAAAUAGAAAUAUUCACUAAUUUAACUAUCUUAUAAAACAAUAAAAAACCAGAAACCUAAUUAUGCAUCAAUUCACAAGAUUAAUCGAAUUAAUAAAUAACAUUAGUUAAUUUGAAAUCAGCCAUUUAAGCUACUACAAUAUUUAAGAAUUCUAAAUAUUAAAAAUCAGGUACUGCCACAUUUGAUGGAGACUAAACCAAUUCCUGCUAAAAGUAAAAUAGAAAAACAGGGAAUAGCUAAUAGCUGAUCGUUAAUCCCUAAGAAAAAGAUUUUAAUUCUUUGACUAUCAUACCAUCUACAUUCCGCGAAAACUUAUUGUGUACUGUGAGGACUUAAACAACGUAAAGAGCAAAGCUUUCAAUAGACACCGAUAAUAUAGAUGCAGGAACUAAUCAGAAAGCUCCUUCUCAAUAAAGCUAGAAUGGUAAAUACUAAAUCAAUUUAUCUUCAGAAAAAGGUAAAAAUAACCCAAACUACGGUGUUAUAAAAUCUGACGAACACUUAAGAUCAGCAUGUCCUAAAUCCUCUCAUAUUACUUAAAAUUAUCAUAAAAUUCACAUGUAAAAAUAUGGCAAACUUCUUUCAAAGGAAAUAGAAAAUGAAAGAAUCGUAGAAGUCUCCAUGACAGAUUCUAAUAAUAUACCUUCUAGACAUAGAAUCUCUACAGUUACUUAAAAAAUAGAUGAAGCUAAAAGUGAAGGGUUUCCUGAUUCUAACAUCAAAAGAUAUGUAUAAACUUACUAAUGA